AUGCCUCGUUCGAUAUGGUCCCGGUGCAAGGGUCUGGCUGGCUUUGCUACAAGCUCGCCAGCUUCGGCAGAGAAUGAACAGCCUCUUGAUAAACAGGUUCCACCUCGUCAGCAAGACAGCGAGGCGGGCCAGAGGGAUACCAUGCUGGAAGAAGUCGAAAUGGGCCUGGACGUGUUGCACGACGGGGAAGACGCAAGCUUUGAGUAUGUCAAAAUAGUCCUCGCCAUUUUCAGAAUGAUAACAUUUCCUAGCAUCGUUGCCGUCCUGGCCUGGCCUCAUGGUCUGGGCUCAAUAUCGUCCGCUGCCUGCGCUUUUGAUAAGUUGCCGACAGAAUUCUCGAGGAAUACGAUCCCGACCAAUAUGGAUCCUGCCCCCAACCAGCUCAAGCAAUGCCUCAGAGACAUGAGAGUCAGGCUUCCAGAGCAUAUCCUGCACAACAUGGAAAUAAACCGAGGCAAGGUAUUCCCGCAAACGUGCAAGUGGGUUCUAGAACGAGAGGAAUUCUGUGCCUGGAGCACGAGUCCUGAAUCGUCCCUUCUUUGCAUAACCGGGGCUCCUGGUGUUGGCAAAACAAUGAUCUCGACAUUUCUGGUCAAGUUCUUGAAGGAAAGGGUGGAAAAGUCCCAUGGGGGACUUUUUGCGUACUUUUUCUGUGCCGACAAAGAAAGUGACAGAAAGUCUGCUACUGCCAUCCUGCGCAGCCUCAUCUGGCAGUUGCUGGUCCAGAGGAAGGAACUUUUUCCGGCCAUACAGACGGUUUAUGAGAGACAUGCAGAAGCUCACGUUUUUGAGGACCUCUUUUGCGAUUUCUCGGGUCUAUGGUUGAUUUUCAGGAAGAUGAUCCAACAUUGCGACUUGGGCGAAGUCUUUAUUCUGAUGGAUGGCCUGGACGAAUGUGAAAUAUCGGAGCGUCAGAACUUGUUAUGGUCAAUCGCGUCGUUUUUCGGAUCGGUUCCUGAGAGGGCUUCCUGGAGAGUGAAGUUCAUUACUACCUAUCGGGAUAACAUGGACGAUAUUGAAGAGGAGCUUACUGGUGUCGGUUCGCGGCUUCGACUCUAUUCCGCCGCCAACAACGACGAUCUCGACACAUACAUAUCUGCAAAGGUGGAUGAGCUCGAGAAAAGAAACAAAUAUGGGAGAGAUCUUAAAGUUGCCGUCAGAAACUCGUUGAAAGAGAAUGCCGACGGUACUUUUCUCUGGGUAUCUCUCAUCGUUGCCGAGUUGACAAAAUUGGGAGUACAGAAUGCGGAUGUCCCUGGAAUACUCACGACCAUGCCCCAGCCACUUGACGAGUUUUACGCCGGUUUACUUGCUCAAAUUGAGAGCCACCGAGAUCAAGUCGCCUUUAUUUUUAAAUGCAUGAUUGCCGCACCGCGCCCGUUGACAAAGGACUUCAUGGCGAAAGCCCUUGCAUUGAAGAACACUGGCACAAGUCAAAACUCGUCAACUUACGACGACAUGAUCUCAACUUGCGGUCCAAUCGUCAGCUUGAGCAGCAAUAAUCCACCCACUCUCAGCUUUUGCCAUACGUCUGUGAAGGACUUUCUACUGAAAGAAAACCCACCUCCAGUACCAUGGUAUUGUACAACAUACCGUGUUGCAAAGGCUUGCCUCGACAACGUCUGCGGGACGCUUACGGCUGAAGAGAGGCCUAGCCAGGAGCCCGACGCAAGACAAUGCUUCUAG